AUGCGUUCCAUCUUUGCUACUGCUUUGGCAGCUUUGGCCUGUGCUGCAUCCGUUGUUUCAGCCGACAUUGUAUCUCAAGAUGGUCAAUACAACAUCACCUCUCCCUCCGACCAUGGUAUCUUUGUUGCAGGUCAAAUCUUGCCAGUGACCUAUCGUUUGGGUGAAUCAUCUCUUGACAGCCUGGGUCUCUCCAUCUACUUGACCUCUACCUCUGUGGCCAAUUUUACUACCCAAACCAUUGCAGCAGCAGCUGAUGUUUCCAAGUCCUCUCCACAAACCGAUAACGGUGUUACUUUUUAUGAGCAUAGCAUCAACUAUGCCAUUCCUUCGACCACACCCGCUGGUUCCUAUAAUGUCGUCUUUGAGUCUACCAACACCAACGUGAACACCACGAUUCCCAUCACAAUGAAUGCUGCUGUCGCUUCUUCCUCUUCUUCUGCUAGUGCAUCUGCUACAGGCUCUUCAGGUAGCUCCAAGUCUUCAUCCGCUUCCAACCCCAAGGAUGAAUCAAGUGCCUCCAAGCAAUCUGCCAUCCUCUUGGCGACCGGUGCAAUGGCUUCAAUGGCUCUUGUCGUGUCUAAUGCCUUUUAA